GGUGAGGUGGGCGGGGUCAGGGGCGAGGUGGGCGGGGUUAGCGGUGACUGGAGCCGGCUUCGCGGGAAAUGGCGGCUGAAUGCAACUGCGGCUCCGUGUUUCGAAUGCAGCUGCCGGCUUGAAAACAAAACAGCAUACAAAUAGAACCGAAUAAAAUAAACAAAAAUGUGCAAAGGCUCGAGGAAAAAAUGCAGCGCGCAACGGCGUUAAAAUCGGGUUCCUAAAAAAAAUAAAACGGCAAAAAAAUUCGUUAAUUUUCUCGAUUUCAUUUCAACUGCUGGCGAAGGAGACGAACAACCGGCGGCCGGCAUGGAGUCCGCGGACGAGGUGGAGACACUGCGGGCCGAGGUGACCCGGCUGAGCCGCGAGCUGUCCGAGGCGAGCCGGGAGAAGGUGCAGGCUGCCGAGUACGGGCUGGCCGUGCUGGAGGAGCGGCAGACGGUGCAGGCGAGAUACGACGAGCUGGAGGCCGAGCACGAAGCCAUCAGACACGAGCUGCUGCACCUGCAGGAGGCGUUUGGGCAGGUGUGCACGAAGCAGCGGCGCGUGGCGGAGGACGGGGAGAGCCGCGAGGAGAGCCUGCUGCGGGAGAACGCCUCCAAGGAGGCGGCGCACCACGCGCAGGCGCUGGAGCUGAGCUCCGAGCUCAAGGCCAACCGCGCGGCGCUCUCCAACACGCUGAGCGAGAAUGAGCGCCUCGCCGCCGUGUUCGUCGAGCAGCGAGAGAACAUCGAGAUUCUGGAGCUGCAACGCUCGCGCCUGCGCGACGAGAUCAAGGAGUACAAGUUCCGCGAGGCGCGGCUCUUGCAGGACUACACCGAGCUGGAGGAGGAGAACAUCUCGCUGCAGAAGCAGGUGUCCACGCUCAAGGAGAACCAGGUGGAGUUUGAGAGCGUCAAGCACGAAAUCAAGCGUCUGGAGGAGGAGGUGGAGUUCCUACAGAGCCAGCUGGAGGAGUCUUUGCGUCUCAAGGAGAUCGGCGAGCGCCAGCUGGAGGAAGCCCUGGACGCGCUCAAGACGGAGCGCGAGCAGAAGAACGCGCUGCGCAAGGAGCUUGCCGCCAAGGGCCACGGCAACGGCGACUCGCUCUAUGCCGCCCCCGGCGGGCCAGGCGCCGCCGCUGCCGCCGUGGCCGCCGCGGUGGCGCACCUGAGCAACAUCUCGCUGGACGGCCUCAAGCUCGGAGACGAGAGCAACGGCUCGUCGGCGCUGGAUUCCAGCGCCGGCAGCGAGGAGCUGGCCAGCAACGGGCAGUCGCACAAGCUGAACGGCGACUACGGCAAGGCAAUGUACCGCAAGGCGCCGGGACUCGUGUCGGACCUGCUCAGCGAGCUCAACAUCUCCGAGGUGCAGAAGCUCAAGCAGCAGCUCAUGCAGAUGGAGCGGGAGAAGGCGGCGCUGCUCGUCACGCUGCAGGAAGCGCAGCGGCAGCUGGACCACAUGAAGGGGGCGCUGUCAGAGCAGCGCGAGCGCGUCGCGCGCCUCUCCGAGCACGUGGGCACCAUGAAGCAGCUGCAGGCACGGGCGCAGCGUGGGCGCGAGCCGUCGCAAUCUGGAGCCACCAAGGACGAGCGGGAUGGAGCCGUGGAGGAGGGCGAUGGAUACUACGAGGUGGACAUUAACGGGCCAGAGAUCCUGGAGUGCAAGUACCAGGUUGCGGUCAUGGAGGUCAGCGACCUGCGCAGUGAGCUCAAGGUGACGAGAGAGCAGUGCACGGAGCUGAAGGAGCGCUGCGUCGAGGACAAGGUCAAGUUCGAGGCGGAGUUGGAGCUGCUGAGCGAGCAGACGACGUCGCUUCAGGAGGCGAGCCGAGCGAGCGGAGAGAAGAUCUCCGCCCUGGAGAAGGAGCUCAAGCGCGCGACCAAGACAGCGACGGAGAGCCAGGGCGGCCUUAAUGUGGCACAGGAGGAACUGCUGUCGCUCAGCGAGGAGCUGGCGACGCUCUACCACCACGUGUGCAUGUGCAACAACGAGACGCCCAACCGCGUCAUGCUCGACUUCCACCGGCAGGGCCGCGGCUCGCGCGGCGGCGGCGCCGGCAGCACCGGCGCCGGCAGCGGAUCGGCGGCGGCGGCGACCGCCACCAAGAUGGCACGCAUAACACGCAUGCUCUUAGCAAUCCAACACCUCCGUAGACUUCAGAGCCAGUCCGGAGCCACAGGAGCCGCUCCCGAGCUGGCCCCCGACGGCAAGUGCUCACCGCUGCUGCCUCACAAAGCGGUGAAGCAGCACGAGGAAGGAAGUGGUGACUCGGAGCCAACGGCGGCUGCACCGCCGGGUGGCAGGGAAGGAGGAAAGGGAAGCACAGCGCCGGCCGCCGCUGCUGCCGCAACAGUCGCCGCGCCGUGCUGCCCCGUGUCGGAGCCGAUCGCCGAUGGACCUGGCGUGGAGCCCCUGCGACGGGAGGCCAUGACGGUGGACAGCCUGGUGGGGAUGAUUCGCGACCAGCUGCGGCACCUGCAGCGCGCCGUGGAGCGCGCCGCCGAGCUGAGCCUGCAGCGUGCCGCCGCGCACGAGCUGGCGCCCACGUGCGACCGCGACAAGGAGGCCCUAUUGGAGGAGAUGCUCAAGCUCAAGUCGCUGCUGAGCACCAAGCGCGAGCAGAUCGCCACUCUGCGAACCGUGCUCAAGGCCAACAAGCAGACGGCGGAGGUGGCGCUGGGGAACCUGAAGAGCAAGUACGACAACGAGAAGUCGAUGGUGACGGAGACGAUGAUGAAGCUGCGCAACGAGCUCAAGGCACUCAAGGAGGACGCCGCCACCUUCUCCUCGCUACGCGCCAUGUUCGCCACGAGGUGCGACGAGUACGUGUCGCAGCUGGACGAGAUGCAGCGGCAGCUGGCGGCGGCGGAGGACGAGAAGAAGACGCUGAACUCGCUGCUGCGCGCCGCGAUCCAGCAGAAGCUGGCGCUCACGCAGCGCCUCGAGGACCUCGAGUUUGACCACGAGCAGACGCGGCGCGGGAAGCCGCGCGCCGGCCUGCGAGCCAAGGCCCCCAGCCCCAAAUGCAACACAGCAGUAGAGAAGAGGCCGUCUCCCAGUAACUACAGGCCCUUGACGUGGAUCAUUCCGCCGUGGACGGCUCCGCAACAGCGGUCGCCGUCGAUAAACCGCGCUGACGACGGCGCGAGCAGGGCCGCGAGCCGGCCGCUCGCCCGGCACGUGGCAGUGAGCGCGACCGGGAGACACGAGACCGCGCCAGCGAGCCUGUUGGACAGCCAGAAGCAGCUAGCCGCUAGGCCGAAGUGCAUCCCUCUGCACUGUCUGUCAAAGCCCCCACACUUUCCGUAGUCCCUGGACGAUUGCCGCCACGAGGGGCGACUCUAUCUCGCCGCCCCCACCUUCCCCCUCCUCCGGCGACGUCAUCCUUCGAGCGUGACCCGGGCUAAUGUCAGCCGCUCAAUUGCUCACUCGCCUGGCUCGUCCUUCAGCCCGGUCGUGCAAACUUAACGGAGAAACUCGCAGAGUCGGUCAGUCGGUGGGAGAGUCGAAGUUGUGCCCGGCACCAGGCCGCUAUUUCGUUCCCCCCCCCCCCCCCACCCAUGUUUUAUUUUCGUCGACAACCCCCCCCCCCACAUGGAAAGACACGGACAUCACGGAUGAUAAAUUAACAAUUUAAUAAUGUCGAUUUGUACGUCAGUAAUAAUUGCAGCGACGACAAUAAUAAUCGAUGAGCACAUUUUGAGCGACGGUGAGCGAGGGGAGAGAGUAACACACGCAGCGUGCCUACAUCCCGAGGCUCUCGGCGGUGGAACUUUAAAACGUUUCCUUGCAUGGUUUUUCCCCGGCGUCUUUUUUAAUCGCUUUAUAUGUGCACGCGCACGUGCAGAGCGGUGAGCGCGUGCGACAGGGUCGUUGUAGUUGCGCGUGCCACAUCUCACAGCCUGUUGCCUUAGCGCUCACCGGACGGAGGCAGCGGUGAUGCUGGCGAUGUCGCGAUUGGGUUGGCUGGCGGUGGCGUCGCGAUGCGCUAGGGCCAAGGUGGCAGAGACGGAUCUGGAAACUUUUCAAAAAGGUGGGCAGAGGGUGGAGUGGGGGGCAGUCCUAAAAUUUCAAGCUUUUUGCAUCUGGCUCUCUCGAUUAAAAAAAACACAUUUGAUCAAUUUUUUCAGAUAAAUAAUCAACAAAAUGCUAAUUUUCAGGGUCUGGUGGGGGAGGAGCGGUGGUCAACCCCAACAGACCCCCGUCUGGGAUCAGCCCCUGCAUGGCGGGUGACAUCGAUAAGCCCCAUAGCCGACUUGCUGCAGCCACGUUCAGGAGGUAGAAGCUUUGUGCAGUCGCUGCACCCAAUGUGGCCUAUCACCGACUUGUCGUCCGUGUUGAGUGCUGUCCCCUCGCGUACGUAGGGUUUAUCCAGAUUCCGGUUUAUUCCCGCAAAGAGGAAUGCACUCCUCACAGGACGAUGUCCAUCGGCCAAGCACACCAAGAAGAAUCUUCCUGCAAGAGAGAGUCUUGAGACCUGACGAGGCUCUCCCAGAUCACAAUUAGAAGCAAAUUUUAAAGCAUUAAACAUCAACACUUUCGGAAAAUAACGAGGAACCCCCAAAGAUGCCAUGAAUUGUCAUAAUCCAGCAAUUUGGUGGUCAUGAUUACAAUUUUUUCAAAUUAACUGGUUUUGUCUCGUAAAUUUCUCAGUUCUGAUUUCGAUUUAAAGCUUUCGUGACUGCAGGGAUUCAUCUUCUUGGUUCUUUCGGUAAAGUCACGUAGAAUGUAAAUAAUAAAAUAAUACAAAUAAAACAUGAUAAAAUAAUAUCAUAAAAUAAUAAUUAUUUUAUUAUUUUAAUUUUUUUUAUUUUAUUUCCAUUCUCAGUUCUGGUUUCGCUCGUGGCUUAUAAUUUGUCGUAACAUUUGCGUUCGUCGUAAUAUAAUCUCCUGUCUUGCGCACGCAAUUCCAGACGUGUAUUGUAAAGCAUAAAGAAUGAAACUUUAAUCGAUGCAUCCUUUCUACACCUGGCUGUCGCGUCAAUGGCAGCCGGUUAAGCCACGUGAGCAUCUUGCAGUGACAAGGGCACGGGAGUUGCGUGUUCAUGAGUCUGUGUGUCAAUGUACACCGGGAGUGGUGGUGCAGUGGUUAUCGUGCUGCCCUACGAACCUGACCACCCGAGUUAAAUUUCCGCUGGCAGCCAACAUCAGUGACGAAUAUCUUAACCGGUCCCUGGACUCCUCCUAGGUCGACUCAGUCUCAAUUGAGUACUAGGUGUGGUGUGUAAACAUCGACAAAGGCGGCGGCCAGGCGUGGUGCUGGCCACCCACCACCUCGUGUGCCGUGUUGACCAUCAUCGGUGCUCGCUAACAGCACUUGCCCCAACAGUCUGUUAAGGCUAUACAUGGAGGGGGGUGGGGGGGAUCUUUGUCUUUUGUACUUGCUGUAUAUAAUUACGCACACCUUAUGCAUUGAAGCGCGCGCGGGUGUGUAUAUGUACAUACGCACCGAGCGGUUGCGUGUGCUUCUACGGUAUAUGCAAAAAUGCGCGCGGUGGGUUGCGAUGUUGCAAGCGGGAGGGGGGGGGGGGUGAUUCACAUGCGAAAAUCUGCCGUCGCUACGUGGCGCUUCCGGCGACGUAAAACGGAUGACACGUCGUGCGUGCGUUGUUUUAUUUUCCAAUUUUAGCCGAUCGAAGUGAUGAUCGUGGGCCGGAGCUCCCGUUGUGUGAAACGAAACGACGGGAGGGACUCGUGCCGGUUGUGUGUGUGCGCACGCACUGUACCUGUACCAGAUGCCGCGUACAACUACAGCCGCAGUGAUACAUUGUGCAAUGAAAAACAGCGAAUGAGUGUUAGUCGCUUACGACGCCGUUAUAUUUUAUGUUGUGUUAUUUUUUUAGCAUUAUUAUUUGCAGGAAGAGCAAAUUCACAUAACAAUUAGUUCUUGUCUUGUAGGUCAUGUGUUCAGGCUGUGUCCCCGGGCCUGCCCAAUUCUUUUUUGUUCUUUUGAAGUUUGGAACUUGAGUGAGAAAGCAACUGUAAAGUUGUAACUUCAGGGGAAGGCUUUGUUAUAGCACCUCAGUGAUGUCACCACGAUGAUAUCAUUUCACAACGUGUCAAGUCUAUUUCUAUGUUUUUAUCUUUUCUCAAUGAUGAAGCUUCACACAGUGUGCGGCUAGGAGAUAAGCGCUAUCGGUUGUGCGCAUCGCACCUUCCUGUAACAUAUGCACGCUUGUUAGUUUGAUUCGCUCGUUACAAUUUGACCUCGAAAUUGACACAAACAGUCGCAACCUGACGAGACGGAGCUUUGAUAUUUGUCCGGUUUUGGCGGUCGAUUAUGUUUUUCAAAGUCCGCUUCCGACUGCCGGGUUUGCAGAUCUGGCCUACGUAUACACAGUCCACGCGUACGCGCGGAUGUUUGGCGUUCACAGUUUACUGUGGCCGUCUGCCGCGUUGCUCCGAGAGUGGGCGUGUAACGGUGCCAUCGAUUCGGCGAUUAAACUCGGUUCUUACGCUCGCAGUACUCGCGUUGAAUCGCUCGCGUACAAAUCGAGAACGAGACGUCAAGGUGGAAGCGUUCUCAACAGACAGUACAAACGACCCUGCUGGUGCAGAUUACACCAGCAAUCCAAAAAAAUGAUAUCCUGCUCAAAUAAGCAUUAUUGAAGCAUUGGUGCUCAUUUCUCCCAUUGGCACCCCAGAGUCAGGAGUGGAAAAUCCACAUUCCUAUGGCGGGGGCGACUGUAUUGCGCUGCCAUGACGUACCGUCGAGUCGAAGGAUGUGCGAAUCGUUACAUGCGCUGCUUCAAAGGCGACUGCGUAUGUAGCCUUGUUUGCAAAGGGCGCUGCUAUGGAAACUAUAUUAUCACGGUCAUUUUUUUUUUCCCCUUUUUAUUGUAUAUCCUGUUAAGUCUGUAACUGAGACGUGCUCAGAUAUGGACAAGGGUAAGGGGUUGAGGCGGCCGUUCGUGCGUAAACCAUCCUUGGGGUGGAUGACGUCAUUGGUUGGCUUUUAAGAGGCGACUGCUGUUAUUCCGUCGAUAAACAUAAUGUCUGCGGCGAAUAUUCAUUUUUCAGCGGGCAAACAUUCACCGCUUCACAGAAUCGCAAGCGGCUUGCCGUCGUGAAAACAUUAAGACUCGUCAUUCUCACCAUCAUCAUUAUUUGUCUUCUCUGGGGGGAAAGCCUCGCUGAGCCUCGUGUGGAAGAGGAGGGCCACAGCAACGGGGAUGUUGUUUGACCUUGUUUUGUUUUAUUUACGUCGCUCUCGGGAGCGCUGCUGAACCGGUUUCCUCAACCGCCGCCGCUGCCGCCACCCCUGAAUCGCCUUCCCCGCACGUGAAUUCGACCUGAGCCCGGCGUGAGGAUGAGCAACGCGAGACACACGCGGGGGGGGGGGGGGGGGGAUGGGUGCCCGAAGGGUUCUCGCUGUCGGAGAGAGAAAAUGACAUAGGAAUCAAAUGUACUCUUAGUUUUUUCGGUAAAGUCACGUAGGUAAAAAAUGAAAUUAAAAUUGAUAAAAAUAAUAUAAUAAUUUUAUUAAUUUUAAUUAAUUUUUUACCUACGUGACUUUACCAACAAAACUAAGAGUAUGAAUCCUUGCAGUCACGAAAGCUUCAAAUCUAGAAGGAAUCAAAUGUGUGGAAGGUCGGGCUUUAUGGAUCUCAAUCAUGUGCGGUUGAUGCUUAGCUUUUGAUGUUACACUAAUUCGUUUUUCUUUUGCUGUGUUUACAUGGAAUUACCGUAUAUCAACUUGUAUGUAAAUACGCCGCGCAUCACUAAUUUCAGCCGCGGCACACGCGAGUUUAAGGCCGGCGACCGGACUGUCUACAUCGUUGGCACAGGCGAUGCAAUCAAAGGUGUUAUUGCGUUUUUAUUUUAAUCGUUUGAGAUUUGUUUUUAUUGUGAAAUAUUUUUUAUUUAAGUUUGUGAGUUCACGUCGAUGUCGAGAUGCCCCCCCCCCCCCUCUUCCGUGGCCCUAUUGGCAGUGAGCGGAGCCUGCGAUUCGGGGCCCCGUAACGACGCGUCCAUUAAUCAAUCAAAAUCGCGAUGCACGCAAUGGAUCCCGUGAGCGAGCGAGCGAGCCAUCGUUUAUUCGUACAUUUCAUGCAAAUUACGGAAAUUGUACAGACGACUGAUUCGCGAAUGUUACGUUUAGGGCUAACAGAGCAGAGAAAAGCUGCGCAAACGAGGCGAAACGUUUCAGACGGUGAAAACGGGACAGAAAAUGUAUCAAUUCUGAAGCCGAAUCCCGAUCACAAUCGUAUCGCUCAGGAGUCGGGGGGGGGGGGGGCACAUGCAGUGCGGUGUGAAUGGUUGCGUGCCCUUUGCACUGCCCUCUCUCUGCUGCUGAGCAAGGGGCCAUUUCCCGGAACAUCCCCUCGUCAUGUUGUUCCGUUGCCGUGUCAUGGGCGGUGUUUAUAUGGACUACGAUGAUGGUCGUGGCGUUUACAUGAAGACCGUUAUCUUUUUGCCAGGGCGAAUGUACAGCCACAGUGUCGGUGUGGGAGCUGCCCACCGCUGCCAGUAAGGGCCAAGCCACUGGUGUUGUUAACCCCACAACUGAAAAGCAAAUGAAAGUGAAGAGGCCUCACUCGGUAAUGGAAGGGGCGAAUACUUGGGGAGCGGAACACACGAAUAUGAACCGUAACAAACUAGCCGGCCAAAUGCUUAUCCCUUAACGAUCCAAUCACACACUACGUCCUCGUCUAAACUAGCCAAUCAGCCACUACGCCGUAGUAUAAACUAGCCAAUCAGAUACUACACUGUAGUCUAAACUAGCCAAUCAGCCACUACGGCCUAGUCUAAACUACCUCGCCAGCUAACCAUGACCAUAGCAGUUUAAUAAAUGAGAUCCUGGCAGGAGCCUUAAUUCUCAUCCUGACAAACUGAGCAAACCAGCCCCGAACCGUGCACCACAACCAACGCGGCAGAACUUCGCUACAACCACCUGGUGCCGACUUGAUGCACGAUUUGCCACUUGCGUCGCCGCCGUUGAGAAUUUGACGAUUCACCAAAACCAGCCCCACGAGAUGCCCCCCCGAGACCCUGUCCGCAGCCCCGGAUCGUUUGUCCGGUUUCGUUCGCUUUUCAGUUUUGGUCUUCACAGCACCACCCCCUCCCCGUGUAUAACGAAUACUGCCAUAACGUAUUUUUUUCAUUUCGCGUAACGGAAAUGCAAAGUUAUCCAUAAUGUCCGAUAUGUUUACGUACGUGCGCGCUGCUAAUUUGUAAAUCGAUGAUGAGCACUAACGACGAUCCUGAUUGAAUAGCCACGACGGAUGCAUUCACUAUUUUCCCCCGAGUGAUGUAAGAUAAUGCUCGCUGUACAUAAGUAUUACCCGCAACUUGUUAAUUUCGAAGCUGGGUGAUGGUAUACACCACCGCGACGACGACGGCGACUCACGUGUUCCGCAAAAACCUGGAUUUUAUACAGACGCGGGGGGCCCUCUUCGUAGCCCCCCUCCCCCGCCUCCAUCUUUACACCAUCGACACAGAGUUACCGCAGGCACCCUCGGUGUCUCUCCCCGUACCGCCGGCAACGCGCGGUGCCUGGGUGUCUCGCCGAGAAGCACACUUUGAAUUGGCCGGGCUGAAGACCACCACCCUCCUCUCCUCCUUCUGCCUGUGACCGACCGUCUCUUUUUUUUCCCUCUGAAAUAAAUCGAUAAGUCCACUG